AUGCCAUUCAUUAUUUCCGAUGGAAUCGGAAGCACAGAGACAGAUAAGCGAAAGAUGAUCCGAAGAUAUGUCAUGUUGGGGAAAAAUCGUGGCAAGACUCGGAAAAUGAAGCAAGGAGACCACCAGCCGGUGCCAAGUGACUUGGAAAGCUACAAAAAUAGCGAAGCUAUGUCGAUAGGAUUGUCGAUCAAUAUGCGUUAUUCGCAUAUCCCUCAAAAAGUGGGAUCUGAGCUGUCUUUCACUCAAUUUGCGGAUUCUGUGGAGCCAGCGUUGAUCAAGGACAUCUUGAAAUUCUCUUUUAUUGCCAAAAGAGUCAUUUAUCCUCUGGAGAGAUGCAUCAACUUUGAUAGAAAGGACAACUUUGAUAGAAUGUGGUUUGAGCUCAUGACGCAAGACGCCGCAUAUCUUCAUACCGUUGUUUUCGCAUCCCAGACGUAUUUUAUGCAUACAUCUAACCAAGAAAGUCCUGAGGCGGGAAAACGGGCAAUCAUGCAUCAUUCUCGAGCACUUCAACUACUCCGCGAGAGAUUAGCGGCGAAAGAUGAGGAGCUCAAGAUAUCGGACCCCACGAUCUUGGUUGUUUUAGCCCUCGCUGGCCAUGCCCAUAUGGUUAAUGACUCUGAAACAGCCAAGAAACAUAUUGAUGGUCUACGCAGGAUUGUUGAUCUUAGAGGUGGUUUGUCCACCUUCAGUUAUCACCCGAAGCUCUCAAUCGAGUUGCUGAAAUGUGAUUUGGGAAUAGCGCUUAGCUAUGGUACUAAGACUGUCUUCUUCACUGAGCCAUCGUCAGAAUCCUUGAUGCUAUAUCCGGAUUUUAAACAGUUUAUGACACAACACUCACACUCAGCUCAGAACGAGACGUAUUCUAAUCUAGAGCAUCUAAAUAUUGAUGAGGAACUAGGAAAGAGCUGGGAUGCAUUGAGAAGAUUCUGCUCGGUAAUCAACUCCGCUUCGGAACACAAGCGUCGACUGCCAAAGGAAAUUCUCUUAAAUACCAUGGCGCCCAUAAUGUAUCGUUUGUUCAAUAUGGCAUUCGAGUCGGGUUCUUUCAAUGAAGUGAUUCGAUUGGUCCAGUUGGCAUUCUCAUCACACGCCUUCCUCCACUGGCAAGGAGUUAAAUAUCCGCAUACCUAUCUUCCGGAGAGCUAUCGAAACUGUCUCCUUAGACUCAAGUUUCCAAGUGAAUCCUCACCUCAUAUUCUUUGCUGGCUACUUGUGAUGGGAGCCAUAUCCAUAUUCAGUCCUGCUGAUGAUGUUUGGCUUAUUCCUUGGAUACAAGUCAACUUGAAGCUCUGCGAAGCUGAGAGCUGGAAUAUGCUACGUCAUCAGUUAAAGCAAUUUCUUUGGAUUGACAUCCUUCAUGAUCAUCUUGGAAAGUCAAUAUUUGAC